UUAUUGUUUAUAAGUUUGCCACACGACGCACCACUCGUUUAAUAUGCAACUUCCCGAAAGUAAAAAUAAAUUCGACGUGAAAAAAGUACAGCAAAUGUUACGGAAUGAAAACAAGUUUAUAACGGAUUUGCUCGCAAUUGCCGCCAUACCAAACCGAGGAGACUUUCAGCAGCCUGAAUUAGACCAAGGCAUAGAACAAACGUUUAAUAGUGUGAAUAAAAAGUCGCGAGCUAAAUCACUUCAGGAGCUAGAAGAAAGACUGAAAGCAUUAACCAGUAGAAAGAAGUUAUCAUACAAAGAGAAACUUGUUAAGAAAGGACUUAAAAACCGAAUGAAGAAAAGAAAUAAACAGGAUGAACGGAAUUCCCAAUCAAAAUUAGAAAGGGCAGCUAAAUUAAGCUCUGAAAUUGGUCACAUUAAAACUGAAGAACAUCCAGAUAAUAAACUAAUAUUUAACAGUGGCGAUAAAAUUGUGUUUUCAAAGUUUGAUUUUGCAAAUUUAGGUAAAAAGAAAUCCAAAAAACAAGAAAAGGAUCCCAAAAAAAUCUUAAAGCAGUUAACAGAUGAAAAAAUCACUUUAAAUGCAUUAGAGAAAAGUGGAGACACAACCAAAGUUGUAGCUAUCAAAGAACAUAGGGCAUGGAAAAAUGCAUUAGCAAAAGCUGAAGGGCAAAAGAUCAAAGAUGAUCCUACUCUACUAAAGAAAACCAUUAAGAGGAAGGAGCAGAGGGUAAGAUCUAGUAAAAAAAAGUGGGAGGCUAGGAUAAAAGGAGUAGAAAAUGCUAAGGAAGAGAGGCAGAAGAAAAGAACAGAGAAUAUCCAAAGAAGGAAAAAGGAUAAAAAAGUUAAAAAUUUGAAAAAAGCUGCAAAAAAAGGAAAGAUAAUUCCUGGAUUUUAAAUCUA